ACAAGAAGAGAAUAUUGAAAGACUGAAGAAAAAGAGAGGGGAACGACUCAGUAUUUACAGGUGUACGGUAGUGCAGAAGCGAAGAAAAAGUUUAGUUCCUUCAAUAGUUCAUAUCGAAGUGGAGAGGUGAACCUUAACAUUUUUUCGCUGUGCUGAAUUAUACAAUUUCGAUAUGAACAGUUUGGUUUUUGUAUCAGCAGUUUUGAGUUUAGUUGUUUUUUGUGAGGCAACACGAGUUAACCAAUGUCCUAAUGCAAAAAUAGAGGGACUCGAGAAAAAAGUACAAAUAGGAAACUGCAACAAACCGCCAUGUAGAUUGAGGAAGAAUACUAAAGUUCCUUUGAUCCUAAAAUUUCAGCCAGCUGCCGAGAUGAAAAAUUUAACCCAAACUGUUAACGCCAAUAUAUUGGGAAUUGCUUUUCCAUUUAUUGGAGUAGACGGAACGAGCGCCUGCGAUAAAGUCUAUGAGGAAGAUGAGAAAACUAAAAACAACUGCCAGUUCGAAAAGGGGAAAACUUACGUUUUUAAGGAUGCGAUUGACGUUUUGCAAGUCUAUCCUACGCUGAAAACGGUGGUGCACUGGUCCCUUACCGAUAGUACUACUAAAAAAGACGCAAUAUGCUUCGAAGUUCCUGCCAGAAUAACUAAUUAAUUAUUAAUAUUAUUAACUGUAUCUGUGGUUUUAUUUUUAUAUUCUAAUAAUAUAAGGGGGUGAUCAGGAAAUAA